UCAAUUUUGCAGUGGCGCCGCAAAAGUAAUGUCAAAUUGAUAGGUUUUUGCUUUCAAAUUAUUUUAUAACGUGUUUAAUAACUUUACAUCAAUAUUGUAGUUUAUAUCAGCGACUCCAGACUCUGUAUUGGUGAUCAAGAAAAUUGUGUAAACAAAAUUGGUGUGAAAGUAGUAAUCGACGGUUGGAGUGAAGAAAUUUAACGUGUGUAGUGAAAUAGUGAGAGUAUUAGACAACAAGAACCUUUGACAAAAUAGUAUCAUGUAACUAAUAUUUGGCAAUACAUUUCUUGAUCUCCGAUGUCAAGGGUAAACUGUUGACAUCACCCUCUGCAGUUUUGACCUAUAUAUUCCCCCAAAUAAGGCAAAAAAACAUUACACCCACACUAUGGGCGGAAAAAUAUCAACGCAAAAUAUUGUUAGCAAUGUUACUGGAUAUGUAACAGGAAGGAAAAGAAAAUAUUGUGAAUCUGAAGAUGAACAAGUUAAUAAAAUUAUUGAUAUAGCACUGCACACACCAAAAAGGAAAAAAUUAGUUAGCACAGCAAAAUACAUUUACCAAGCACUGUUCCUUGAAGGAAAAAAUUCUGAUGUGACUGUAUGUGCCUUGGGGCAAGAAUUCAACUUACACAGGGUCUACCUGUGUCAAAGCCCAUAUUUUGCUAGUAUGUUUGGUGGAUCUUGGCUAGAAACUACUCAAAAAUAUAUCACAAUUGAUAUUGUGGAUCCUCUAAUAACUGUUGACUCCAUGAGAGUAGUUCUUGGUUCUUUAUAUAAUUGUGAAAUAAUGAUGAAUCCUCUGGAGAUAGUUCCUAUAUUGGCUACAGCUACUAUGUUCCAACUGGAUGGAUUGAUUGACAAAUGCACUGAAGUGAUGAUGGAAACUAUCAACCCAAAGACCUCCCUGGACUAUUACAACGCCGCCUGCCAGUACGGCGACAAAAAACUGGAAGACAGCUGCUUCAAAUGGUUCCUGGUCAACCUGAUGCCCUACUAUUUCUCCCACCCCCUGGCCGAACUAAAAACCAUCCCCGUGUCUCUCAUGGCCAGGCUGGUGUCGCAUCCCGAUCUGUUCGUCAUCCAGACCGAGUACUCGGUAUAUGUUAUGCUAAAGUACUGGAUCUACGUGCUGGUGUUUCCCGAUAACGGGGAACCGUCCAUUGCCACGGUCAACGAGUACUUCAGCACCAGGAAAGAUAAAUUGGCAUAUCUGUUGACUGCCGAAGGGAGACGAUUCAUACCAGUAUUCAAAGGGCUCAGGUUGCAGAAUCUCAUUUCCCAUCACCUGGACGUCUUGUUGGUGUUGAGAGACAACAUCAUUCCUCAAAUAUGGCUGGACCCUGUGAUAUUGCAAGAGUGGAAGAAUAUUCUCAGAGUCAACCAAAAUGACGAUAAGGGACCGAACGAAAUCUCCGACGACACAUUCCUCGCGACCAGCCUGCGAUGCGGCCGCCUGUUGACGUUGAACGAGCGUCACGUGUGGCGAUGGACGGGCUUCCAUUUCGGCGUCGAUCUGCUCAUGAUCACCGACGGCGUCACGCUGUCGAUCAAACGGAACCACCGGUCGGAGUUCGAGCAGCUGUUGAGCAUGCAGGCGUCCAGGCAUGUUGCCAUCAGGGUGACGGUCGUCAAGUUGAACGAACAGCGGCAAAUCGUCUAUACGAAAACAUCGGAAAUCAUGAAGGUCCCAUUGACGAAAGGCGAAGAAAUCCAAAUAAUGACGCUCGACAAAGACGUCGAAUAUCCGAUUAUAAUUUCGGCGAACAUCCUGUAUACGACGCCCGAUAGCCAAGAGAGUGCCGUGGAGGAGACCAGGCAACAGACCAUGUGAUAGCGGUGCCCGCAGGAGGGGUAUUCGUAGAGAUUAUUUAUAUGAAAAAAAAGGUGGUACCUGAUUUGUUGGGAAAAUGUGUGGAUGGUGAUACAAGGGGCGAUGAAAAUGUUAUCGUAUGUUUAAAUUGAGAUGUACAUACAUGAAUUAUCCUCGAGGGUGAGGGAUAGUUUAAAAUGCUUAUCUUGAAGAUGACUACUUAUCUGUGACACAU